GAUCUCCCUUAACAAAAUGGCUUCCUCCAGUCAAAUAGUAAACCUGUAGUGAUAAACUCGUGUUUCUAAGGAUAAUAAAACGUUAAAAUGCCCACAGAUACGCGACGCAUCAGUGGACCCGAAAUAUCACACAGUCCUUAUGACUAUUGCUUGACCCCACCUAUUGAUUUGGUAUGGAAGUAACUACUCAGCUUAAAGUUUAAACAUAACUAACCAGUUGUUUUUUUUUGGUGGCAUUAUAAUUAUAACAUUUUAUUUUAUCCCUCGGGGCGUGGUGAAAAAAAUGAAUGGGAAGCCAGUGUAUCUAUUUUGUUGCACCAAGAUAUAAUUACGCCACAAAUACACUACGGGAAGAGAAUCACACACUCAUACAUUGAUCAUGAAGUUGUCCGAGGCAUUGUCAUUGUGAUACCAAGCGUGUGUCAACACAAAACAACAGUAUGAUGAUAAAUACAAAACACUACAGUGAUUUUUAAAAGUCUUUUAACAAUAAUUAAAUAUCAUUGAUUUAGUUUUACAUUGGCAUUACACAUUAGUAAAAAAAAAUACCGGCUGAAAAAAGGGGGGGGGGGGCAAAAGGAAAGUUUGUUGUGCGGACGUCCUUUGUGGACAACCCCUAUCCAGAGCCGUGAUUUGGGUAGGCCCCCUUUUUGGUUAAGCCUCUGCCCAUAACCCGCCUCCCCCCCCCCCCCCGCCACCUCCCCCGGCAAGGAUAGAUUUUUUAACCAAAAAAAACAAUAAAUAAAAUAAAAAAACUUUGAUAUAGCCAAUAUAGCGCAAAUCCUGUCCCAAGCGCAUUGUGCAAUGGUUUCUGUGAGAAAACGUCGUGUUUUACCCUGAGAAUAGCUCAUGCCAUGUCAUUCUGGAAACAAAUUCCAUCAUGAAAAGGGUAAACGCAGACCUAUGGCUUUGCUAUACAGUUUGCUACCGCUCCGUAAGUUUCUAAAAUCGAGGUGUUUUCAAAAGAUUUGCUCUGAGACUGAGGGUUGUAAAUGAACCAUUGAUAUCGUGUGUACAUUUUGCCAAUGCAUAGUGAAAGCAAGAUGGUUGAAAUACGACCAUGCACAUUAAUAUUCAUAUGAUAUUAUUGAUAUACCGGUACUGGUAUUUUCUUUGGGUGUUAGUAAAAGUAAAAGGUAAAUAUUCAACUACAUGAAGGAUGUUGAAAUACAAUAGAAUAUCACUUAGUAUUCAAAAUGUUUCUCUUAUAAAUGUUACAUACACUAUACAUGCGCUUUCAGAAACUUUCAGUUUCUUUUCUAAUGUCUUAUUACUAAAAUUACCGGUAUUUUCAAAGUCAAAGGCCCGCACAACUUGUUGAAACAUUUAAUAAUCUGAAUAUAACAUAUAUUUAAAUUGUUUAAAUUGCUAACAAAAUAUUUAAAAACAUCUCAUGAAACUACUGUUGCAAAAGAACAUGAUAAUUUAAAUAUAGUAAUAUUUUAAAUUAAAAUGGGAAGGAAAAAACUCGAUCCCCUACUGGAAAUCGAUCACAAGAUAUAAUAUCGCCAAGUGUCCACUCUACCACUUGACCAUACAAGAUCUUCUCUAACAAGCAUAUCUUAAAACCAGGCCAAUGGUACAUUUUUGCCGCGGUGUACCCAGGCCAAAGCCGAUGGUUUCGCUAGGUACACCGCCGCGGUGUACGCAUCCACUUCGAUAAAAAUAACAAACACAUAAUUCACAUGACAUAAAUAAUCAUAUGAUCAUAAUAAUUUAUUUUAAUAAUUGAAAACUAAAACUGUCAAACAUAAUCAGUCAUGAUCAUGAUGAAAUGAAAUUAAUGAAUUGGUUGAAUGAUGUUGGCUUAAUAAUUUUACUUAGCCAGGUCUAGGCCUAGCCCAGUGUUCAGCAAAUGCGGAAUCGCGAGCUACAUGCAGCUCUUUGGUGACCCGAGUGCAGCUCGGCAAGUCAGCCACAAAUCGGUUUUGACUCCGAAAAACAUGGUUCUCUAUAGAUUCUUGAAAAGAAAUUUGUAGGGACCUCGGUAUGAUCCGGGAAGUGCCGAAAACCGGGUAUUGUGAUUUUGUCAAAACAGCGACCUCCACUUUUUAAUUUACCGAGGGUAGUGUUGUUUAGGAUUAUUUUUGCUAAAGCUAGUUUUUUAAUAAAUUCUACCUCUGCCCUCAACUUAAAGCAGACAUGUUUUUUGUUCAUUUGACACUUUCCUUUUAGAAAAAAUUUGAUGGUUUGAAUUUGAAAAUUAAUGGUAAAUAAUAGCUAAUUUGACUCAUUCAUAAUUUUUUUGUGGAAAAUAUAAGUUUAAAAAAAAGAAAAUACCAAUGUUAGAAGAAGGUAUAAUUAACAACAUACCAAAAAUUCGUGAGGUUAGGACCAGUGCAUGGGUGAGAAAUUUUUGCACAAAAUUUUUGUCACGUGUCCCAAAAUUACCUAUCGAUAAUGAACGUUUUUGUAGUAAGUAGCUUGAUUUACACUGGAAAUCCAGCAUAUUACCCACUAAUAAUAUUUUAAAACAAAGCAACAAUUUAAUAGCACUAAUUACUUUUAUCUGAUGCUUUUAUUUUGAGUGGGAUAAAUAGCUCUAUCCUUAUUGUAUUAUGACAACUAAUAGUGUAAAUAAAUAAAUAAAUAUAUAUAUUGGAGUCCUUUAAAACAGAUUUAAAAACACAUCUAUUUCGCAAACACCUUCUGAGGUGAUGCUAUCUACCAUCUUUUUCAGUUAAUGUAUAUUGGCUUGUGUUGCUUAUGGUUGAAACGGGAUGAAAGACUUUGACUCGGUAUGCUAGUAUGCAGCUUUAUAUUGUUGCGUCUGUUUUUAAAUGUGGUAAAUUUUAGAUUGUUUUUAUUUCUCUUUUUAAUUUUUAAUAUGGUUGACUUUGUACCGCGCUUCGAGCUUUUGGGGAUGAAGCGUGUUUUUAAAAUAAACUUUAUUAUUAUUAUUAUUAUAUACAUAUAUAUAUAUAUCCAUCCUAUAAGCCUAGUAUAGUAUAGCCUAUAGUAGCCUAUAGGUCUAGUACCAUCCCAACUUUUUAUUGCAAGACCUAUUAUUAAACAAUUAAGUAUUAUAGUUAAUGAUAUUUUAGGCCAUGUAAUCAUAUUUUAUUAUUUAAUGGAAAUUAUGAUUCUUAAAUUUUAAAAUAAAAAUGUUUUUUUAAAAAUAUUCACUUACCUUUGAUAUUGAAAUAUCCUGAAUUCACUCACAAAUCACAAUAUUCCACAAGAAACUUAUAAACUUUUAUAAUCCUCAGUAUUCUUCAAGAAAUAACUCAUUUUCUGAUACAGUAAUCCAAGAAUUUCUUAAGCUUUUACUAAAGAACGGUCAUAAAAGCUUGUACUUACCUCAAGCAAAUGACUAGAACUUAUUUUAAUUUCUAUCAACAGCCAAAGUUGAUACAUGUUGAUUUAUGAAACAAGAUUACUAAUUUUUUGGUCAUAUUCAAAUGGGACUAAAAUACAUACAUAAAAAAUGGUAAAAUAAAAAGUAUAAUCGUCAAUUUUAUAUAAAUGAAUCAAAUAAUCCCUGUAUUAUUUGUUUAUACUGAUAAAUGUUAAACAAUUCCACAGAAAAUUUGAAAUUAAUAUCUAAAGAAUAUUAUUAUUAUUAUUAAAUUUGGGAAAUUUUAAAAAUUUAUAAAGGAAAAUUAUCAAGAUUAAAAAUAUUUUUUUGCGGAAUAUUAACAAAAACUAAAAUUGUAUUUUGUGGCUUUAUUUAGAAGAACUCAUAUUUAAUUGAUCUUGGUGUUUUUGUAAACCAUUAUAUGGGCUCUAUACAGCUGUAGUAUUUUUAUAUUUUUUAAAAUGUUUUGAAAUUUUCAUCAAAGUGCCUAAAAUUUGGCUCCCAAAAAAUGUGUUCGUCCUGCUGCUGAUUUUUGGCUCUUUUGACUAAUGAGUUUACCUACCAAUGGCCUAGGCUUGUAAAGAUUGUAUUAGCUUUAUGUGUUUUGCCACACCCUAACUAAGUGCAGUGACAUAACUUUGCAACAGACCAAUUGUUGGACCUGAAUGAACAAUAACUUUUCAGUUUUUACUGAGCGUUAUUAAUUCGCUUCAUAAACUAAAUCUGAUGAUUGACAAAAUAAAUGUGAAAAUAUUCAACUUAAAUGUUCCAUUUGUGUUUAUUAAAAUUCAACUUACAAAGGUCAAAAGAAAUUUAAAAAGGUACAAUCCUUGCUCUGAUACCCCAAGACCAAGAUGAACACCGGGGGGGAGGACCCAUGCUAAAAGUGCUGUCUUUUGAUUGGUUGAAAAAUGAAUUACAUGUAUGCUAUUUUUUUCAAUGGCUAGCCCUGAUUAAGUUAAAAUAAUCUCAAAGAACUUGAAAUUUUUAGAUAGGAGCUGACAAGAAACGACUUGAUGGAAGGUUACCUGCUCAAUUACGACCGUUAUGUGAGUAAAUUUAUGUCUUGUGCCUAAUUGCUGAGCUAAUAAUUAAUAUCACUGAUAAAAAAUGUAAAAUGCUUAGGCCUGUCGGAAGUGUUCAUAUUUAAUAAAACAAUAUUAUCUUGCUCUCAGAAAUCUAUUGUUUCGUAAUGAUGAAAAAAAAUGUUUUUGGAAUCAAAAUUUUGAGAGUGGGCGACAAUUGCAAAAAGAAAAGUAAGUUUACACAAUUGAACUAAAAAUGAUAAAUAAUAAUAUGUCUACAGAACGUGAGUCACUGGAUUUUUACCAAUCUAUAAACAAAGCAGACAGCUGAAAUUGUCUUUUGAACAACCAAAUUUUUGGUCUCCUUAUGAAAUCAUCAGUUAGAAGACCCAUGGGUUUUCACGUCUAAAUAUUAAUUUCUCUGCUUUUGUGCAUUAAAAUCUAAUUCACAUUCAACGCAAUUAAUGGAACUAAUCAAAUUGAUUGCUAUGUCCAAAAAUAAAAAUGAUUUUUUUUCCUAACCAGUCCUACCACAUAUGCUAGCAAUAAAAAUAGAAAAGGUGGUUUGAUGUUAUGGUUGUAUGUAAUAAUUAAAAACUGUUAAAGGUUAUACUGACUAAAUUUGACAUGGGUUAUAGAGAAUGUAGUUUAUGAGAUUCUUUGUGUACAUUUAAACUGGAAGUAAAAAUCUUUGAUCACUUUUUAAUUUCAAUAUCUGUAUUAAAAAAAAUAUUUAAUUUUCUUUUUUUAAAAAGGAGUUUUGUAUUGAUUUGGCAAUUUUUGUCAAUUAUAUGAAGAGUAUUUGCAUUUAAUUUCUUCCCUAUUUAUUAAAAAUAAAUUUAUUAAAUACAUAUUUAUUUAUUCAAGUUUUACGUGCUGGUGUCAUUAGUCAGGCAAGAGGAUCAGGAUACAUUGAGGUGGAUCAAACCAAAGUCAUCUGCGCUGUGUGAGUAGCUAGAAUAAUAUUUAAAGUCACAUAAAUGUACACGGCAGUUAUUAUGUUAAAAUAUACCUCUCAAUUCAAAGUCAAUGUACUAGGUGAGAUUUAAUUAAAUUAAUUGCUCUUAACCCAUUCGCUACUAACCUCUAACUAACUCUGAAACAUCCCCUGAAAUACUAGACAAGGGGAGUUAGCUUAAAGGGCAUGCACCCUUGUAUUUUAAAAAUUAAAGUUUCAACAACUAAACAUCAUGCAAAAGAAACCUUAAAGAAUUUUUUAAAGAAUAAUAGUUUUAAAUAAAAUUUUUGUUUACAAAUAGUUUUGUCAUAAGGCAUUAUAUUAGUCAUAUCCAUAGUUUUGAAAAUGCAAUUCGGAGGUUGGAUUAUAAUUUACGUUCAUUUUGGAUCUCUAGGAAUUAUGAAAAGCAGAAACCCUUGUAGCUUGUGUACAGCCAGUUGUUGUUUCCUUGCUUCUACCACUGUCCAUCUUCUACUGCCAUUGAUAGAUCACUGGUACCGAUCUUAACAUGUGCUGACAGCUGCAUGACACACCCGUUGGUUUUCAUCACAAUGGCAUAAGCUGAACCAUUUCAUUAGUGAUUAUCAUCUAUCUCUUAAAAUCUUUUCAUCUAAUCAGUAACAAGGGUCAAAUUGUUUGACCAACACUCAGGGACAGGGUAUCUACGUCAGACUCCUGAGGAUCACAGCAAAAUCGGAUUUUUUUAGUGCAGAUCAUUUGAACUAUAUCAACAUCUGACUCAUCUCCCUUGUCAGAAAUAUUGUUUAAUGAAUAAUUUAAAUAGAACUUUACCCUGCUAUCAAAGAGUCAAGAAACUGAAAUACUAUAGCAAUAAAUUCUCGUACAACACAAUCACAAAUUCCGGAAUACGAGUCCAACUUUACACCACAAAGCUCACGAAAAAAAAAGAAGAUAAAAACGACAGUUUUUCAUUUUAAAAAAAUCAGAUUUUUUCUACAUUUCAAGUAUCCCAAUGCUGCAAUGCUAUUAGCAAGCAUACAAGACAGUGGGGUAUGUGUAUGUUGGUAAGUGCAAUGACUUAUUCUGUGGCCUUAGUAGCAACUGUGUGAGGUUGCAGUCGCUCUCAGUAGUAGCAACUGUGUUAGGUUGCAGUUGCUCUCAGUGGUAGCAACUGUGUUAUGUUGCAGUCGCUCUCAGUAGUAAGGAAUGGGUUAUGUUGCAGUCGCUCUCAGUAGUAAGGAAUGGGUUAUGUUGCAGUCGCUCUCAGUAGUAAGGAAUGGGUUAUGUUGCAGUCGCUCUCAGUAGUAGCAACUGUGUUAGGUUGCAGUCGCUCUCAGUAGUAGCGAAUUUGUUAAAGACAUUUUUGUUCAGCAUUAAAAGCCCAAAGUCAACAUGUCGUUUAGUCAAAAGCCCAAAGUCAACAUGUUGUUUGGUCAAAAGCCCAAAGUCAACAUGUCGCUUGGUCAAAGAAAACAAAUGGUCUUUGAUUUAUCAAAUAUUUCCUUUUCCUCCUUCAUUCCUUAGCUACGGACCCAGGGAAGUUCUUCGUCGAGAGGAUUUUAGCCUCAAGGGUCAGCUGACGUGUGAUUUCAAGUUCACAACAUUUUCAUGUCGGCUGCGCCGCCAGCACCAACAAGAUAAUCAGGAAAAAGAUCUCUCUGUGCAAUUAUUAGAGGCCCUUGAACCUGCUGUUUGUCUGGUAGGUUAAAGAAAUUAUUUAAAAAGUGUUUCUGUGUAGGGAUCUCAGCUAGUCGCAUUUGGAAAGGGUUUUGUCCCCACUUUUAACAGUUCCGACCUGUGACGACUUUCUGAGCAUUUCCUGAUUUAUUUAACUUUUAGAUAAGUGAUCCCGUCCUGAGUUAUUAUGGAUCUCUCAGUCGCCGUCAGCAUAAUGACAUGAAAUUUUUUUUUUCCCCCAUUAUCAGCAAAAAUAUCCCAAGUCACAGAUUAACAUCUAUGUAACAGUUCUGCAAAAUGAUGGUUCUGGUAAGUGAAAUACUAUAGAACUUCAAUAAAACAUAUACAGUUUAUUGUUUGAAAAAAUCCUACAUUUUCAAUAAAUUAAAAAAAUAUAUUACCUAGCAAUGUAAUCACAUCAAGAAAGAUUUUGCUUUUACAAAGUUCUUCUAAUGGUGCAUACAAGUGUAAUUAAUGUUGUGUUUACACAUUUCUGGGUAUGUUGCAUACACGUUUUAUGUAUGUUGUGUUGUAAUUUAUGUUGCGUUGACAAAAUUCAAAAGUCAUACAAGCUGAAAAAAUCAUUUUGUCCGAGAAUAUUGUCUUUCAUUUGGUGCGCAUAACUCAUCUCAACUGUCACAUUUGAUUAACAUUUCAGCAUUAUCUGCUGCUAUCAUAUGUGCAUCCCUGGCGUUGGCUUCCGCAGGUAUUGAGAUGUACGACCUGGUUUUGGCAUCAUCGGUGGUAAGUCUAUGUGUACACUGAGCUCUAAUUAAAUCCAUCUGUCUUCUUUUUCUUUUUUAUUAUCAAAGUCAUUAGCGAUUUACUUAGUUCCAGCCAUCACUGCUUUAAUUAAAACAUACAUUUUUCACCUUUUACGUUUUAAAAAACAUACUUUGUAUGUAUGCAUUAAUUUAAACAGAGAAUUUACAGCACUUGUAACAUUAUAACAUCAAGUGAGUUAUCAACAAAUUCAACUUGUGUCUGCCUAUUUGUCCAAUCUGUGUUUCACAAGACCUUGUGGCAGCACAGGAUGGAGAUUCAGACAGUUUUCUACACACAACAUCAUGCUCUUUUGAUGUGCACUGCAAUUUAAAAAGUUCUCUUGAAAUGCCCAGGUCAAUUUUUACUUUGCUUCCACUACAUUUUUGUUUUCCCAACAAUUUUUUUUUGGGGGGGAAGAUCAAGAGUGAAUAAUAGGACUGUUCUCAAUUUUCCUGUUUGCUCUGUUUCAGGCCAUGCGAGACGCACUGACAAUUGUCGACCCAACUGAACGGGAGGAGGAGGCUGUUCUUAACAAGACCGUGCGUAAAUCCUGUAGUGACAACUCAGUUGUGUAGUGACAACACAAUCCUAUAAUGAUAACACAAUCCUAUAGUGACAACACAAUCAUAUAGUUACUACACAAUCCUGUAGUGAUAACACAAUCCUGUAGUGACAACACAAUCAUAUAGUUACAACCCAAUCAUGUAAUGACAACACAAUCCUAUAGUGAAAACACAAUCAUAUAGUUACAACACAAUCCUGUAGUGAUAACACAAUCCUGUAGUGACAACACAAUCCUAUAGUGACAACACAAUCCUAUAGUUACAACACAAUCCUGUAGUGACAACACAAUCCUAUUUUGACAACACAAUCCUAUUUUGACAACACAAUUCUAUAGUGACAACACAAUCAUAUAGUUACAACACAAUCCUGUAGUGAUAACACAAUCCUGUAGUGAGAACACUAUCCUAUAGUGACAACACAAUCAUAUAUUUACAACACAAUCCUGUAGUUAUAACACAAUCCUGGAGUGACAACACAAUCCUGUAGUGACAACACAAUCAUAUAGCUACAACACAAUCCUGUAGUGAUAACACAAUCCUGUAGUGACAACACAAUCCUGUAGUGAUAACACAAUCCUGUAGUGACAACACAAUCCUUUAGUGACAACACAAUCAUGUAGUUACAACACAAUCCUAUUUUGACAACACAAUCCUAUUUUGACAACACAAUCCUAUUUUGACAACACAAUCAUAUAGUUACAACACAAUCAUAUAGUUACAACACAAUCCUGUAGUGAUAACACAAUCCUGUAGUGAUAACAAAAUCUUAUAGUUACAACACAAUCCUGUAAUGACAACACAAUCAUAUAGUUACAACACAAUCCUGUAAUGACAACACAAUCAUAUAGUUACAACACAAUCCUGUAAUGACAACACAAUCCUAAAGUUACAACACAAUUCUAUUAUGUACAGUUUUGGAAACCAUGAUGUUGGAAAAAAAAACAACAGAAUUUCAUUCAAACAAAAAGCUAAAACUCUGUUCAAAAUUACUGCUCACAUUCAAGAACUCAACAGAUAUUCAUACUGUGCAAUUAUUCGGCGAAUGUCUUGCUACAGACUAAUUUUAAGGAACAACGAAAAACUCAAACAAGGAUUUUCCAGACUGAAAAAAUAUGUACGAUGAAUGAAAAAAAAAACAUAUUUCAUUUAUUAGGAUCAAUAAAAGUAUCUUAUCUUAAAUGUUAUAAGACAUAGUCUAAAUAAGAUAGAUUUUUUUAAAAGUUAAAAAGUCUCAAAGUCAGAAAUACCCCCCCCCCCCCCCAUUUUUUUUCUCUUCCAAAUAAUUAUUUUCUUUCUGUCAACAUGUCAACCUUGUUAAGUUCACUGGUCCUGCAGUUUGUUAGCUACUUUAUUGAAUAAAUCUACGAGAAUAGUUGACUGGACAUCAGCAGCUGUAGCUCUGAGAACUUGAUGGUGACAGCAUAGUUGAGGGGAAUUUGCAUUCUGUGAUGCCGUGUGAUCAGAAUAGGAGACGAGAAUAGCCCCAAGUCACUUGCCGUCGUAUACGGAUUAUGCAAAACUAUUAUUUUUUUUUCAAAAUGGUUAUAGAGUUGGUUGGUUUUGCAGCGUUUCAUGCUACCUAAAAAUAAUAAACUGGUAGAUAAUAAUUUAAAAAACAAUGUGCACUAUGAUAAAUGUUAAUAUCUGUACUUGAACAGCACAAGGCAGAACUCAAUGCUGGAAGCAUGACCGUGGCAUUCCUUCCUUCCAUCAAUCAAGUUUCAGCUAUUUCCUCUGAUGGAGAAAUACUCUGUGAAACACUGACAAAGGUAUGGGGAAAAAAAUCAAUGCUCAAUUUUUGUUUUGGACUUCUAACACUUAAGUCCAUUGUUUCGUGUUUGCAGCAUAGUUGAAGGUUUGGGAAAAUUUUUUUAAAAAUUCUACAGUGCAUGGAACGUUUGCAGCAAAUUGGCAAAAAAUCUUCACCCUCUUUGAAAUUUUGGGGAAAAGGAUUUUUAAGAAAUCGAAAGAAAAAAAACAAAGAAAAAAUGCGCAGUCUGAAAUUCUUAAUGAUCCGCAACCUUGUCGAAAGAAAUUUUGUCGAUUGGUCAGUAGAUUUCUUUAAGCCAUAAAAUUAAUGCAUAACAAGUGCGUGAUCAGAUAGUAACUUUAUCUUUAAUGACAAGGUCUACAUUUGACAAGGUCUACAUUUGACAAGGCCUACAUUUUACAUUAGACCAGUCCUACAAUUGACCAGGUCUGCGUGUUGGUAAAAUAUUUUGGUUUUUGCUUUCAUUUUCUAUUUGGAUUAGCGACACACGUGUGUUCUCUAAUGUAAUCCUUUAAAUCUGUUGAACCUUCUACACUAUUAUAUAUGCCUGGAGUUUGUUCUUUGAAUUAUGUAUGGCUCAAUAAGUUGGAAUACAAGUUUGUUUCUAAAGAAGCAGCGAAUGACAAGAGAAAAGCCUAGCCUGUUGCCAUUGGUUUAAAAAAAUAUAUAAACAUUGAUAUCUCAUCAAUGAGUGAAGGAGCGCUAAACAUCCAUGCAAAUGGUAAGUUACAGUAACUUAGAGUCCUAUUUAUCAGUUCCCUUAGCCGACUUAAAAUUUGGCCGAUAUAACAUUUAAAUUUUACUGACUCGUUUCGGGUUUCUUUCUGGUUCCUUUCUGUUUCCUUUUCUAUACUUAUUUAAGUGAGCCACUAAUUUGUAUACUAAAAAAUAAUUUUAUCCAGACUUAAGACUAUCAAUUAAUUUUAAGACGAGAUUAAAAAUAUUAUAUCAGGAUUAUUAAGUAUAAUGCAAUAAUUUGUUGAAUAUUAUAUUUUAGGAAGAAAAUCACACUCAGAAUGAGAAAGCCUCUAUUCCUUUGACGACGGUUACUGAAUGUUUAAAUACAACUAAUAAUGUUGACCCACUACCGUCAUCAUCAAGGGCCUCUCAUGGACAGGGAUCAAUAGCAAAACCUGUUAAUACUCAGUCUUACUGCACAAAGAUGGCACUGCUCACUGCUGAAAUCAUUCGGACAAUGUAAUGUCUAAACGGCCGUUAUAGCUAAAUAUUUCCCAAAGACUCUGCAGGACGUUUCCAGGCCAUGUUUCCCACUUGUGAAUUAAGCAUGACAGUUUGCACGUACUGAUGGGCAAUCUGCAUAUCUCAGCAUUACUGGUGCAGCCACCUGCUUCGCUCAGCACAUGCUGAUGGGCAAUCUGCACAUCUCAGCAUUACUGGUGUAGCCACCUGCUACGCUCAUAAGCUUUUUAGAAAACUAAGAGCAGCUUCUAAUUAAGUUUGAUGAAACAAUGAACAAACAGAUGCAGGAAAAGCUAAGGGAUAUUUAUGUUUGUAGUCCAAUUCAGUCGAUUAUCACAAAGCUUGGACACAGGGAAUUUUUAUAAUUGUCUAUGGAUGGCCUUGCAUUGAACUGGAAACUGGUCUACAGCUGGCCCUGCACUGUACUGGAAACUGGUCUACGGUUGGCCCUGCAUUGUACUGGAAACUGGUCUACGGCCAGCUCUGCAUUGUACUGGAAACUUGACUGUGGAUGGCAUUGAACUGGAAACUAUUUCACAUGGAUACAACUGGGCAGCCAGGACAUUUUCAGCUAUUUUGUCUAGGACAUUUCAUCAUUACCCUGUGCCUAAUGAUUCAUGAUGACUAUGUAUCAACAGUUAAUUCAUUCAACCAUUACUUUUGAACAUUAAACUGAUGUAUAUUACAUUACAUUAUACAUACUUUUGUGUAAAGGCUAUAUCUACUAGAAUAAUCUGGCUAUCUUUGUAUAUGUUGUAUACAGUGAUUUAGCAUCUAUGCUAUAAUUAAAAUUUUAAAUAAUAAUAAACAGGUCUUUGAAUUUUAAUAAAGAAAUGUUUUGGAGGGUUAGGAAAAAUGUGUGAAUUUUGGACCUGGAAGUCUGCAUGAACCCUGGUUUCAUUAACAGUUUUGAAACGAGGCAUUUAAAAAAAAAAUUGUUAAUGCCAAGAGUUUUUAUUGAAAUAUAUACCCGGUACCCUAAAUGUUCAAUAAAAAUAACCUUUCCUUUUUUUCAACAGAGUAUGAGGUUAUGUGUAGAAAACUGCCUGAAACUUUAUCCUGUGCUGCAACAAGCUCUAGUGAAACACAGACUGGACAAGCAAGCAGACACAAGUUGAAUAUGUUUAGAACUUAGUUAAUGUUACAAAUGCUGUAAAUUCAUUGUUUAAAGUGGACUAAAUGUUUGACUAUAAAAAUGUAUUAAUUAUUUUGACCCAUUUUUUAGUCGUUAAUUUUGAUUUACUCUGUCUUCAUUUAAUGGAAAUGGUCAGUUAUUUGGUGUUUGAUACGUAAGUUUGAUAAUUAAAUCCAUGAAUUUCAUUUAGAAAAUGGGAACAAAAUUAUAGUUCAAUCCAGACAAUGGUUGACUUGGAAUUCUAAUAAUGGCCAGUUUUAGAUCAGUUUUUUUUUAAAUCUGUUUGCUGGCAAAGCAAAAGCUUUAAUCCCUUAUCACUGCACAAGAGAUUUGAAUGAAGAAGGCCGGAAACUAUAAAUAGCAGAUCAAUAAAGAUCAGAUGUGUUCAACUAAACUCUGAAGAUUUUUAAAAAAAAUUUUGUCUUAGAUUGAGGUUUACCACCAAAGAUACACGUUGGUUUGUACCAUAUAACAUAAAUCACAUUCCUGUAACACAUUAUGGGAAUCCCAUUCAGACAAGCCGGAAAAAUAAGCCAACGCAGUAAAGAUUUUAUCCAGUCUUGUAUUAGAUAUCAGUCGACAGGAUUAAGAUGUAAAAAUUCUAAUAAACAAACAAACAAAAAAAGGUGAUUUAAAAUGAUGGUAAGUUAUUUAAUGUGAAAUCAUGAAAUAGGUCAAACUCUGCAAAAAUCUCCCACGCUCAAAACAAAAAAUAAA